AUGUGUCGACAGCUCUUCGCUCGUCUCGAGGCUCGGCGCUGUCUGAAGGACAUUGAACCUCGUCUGUUUCCUGAUGAUGGAGGGCCUGAGCAAGGUGAGGUGGUGGAGGUAUACGGACCGGAGGGGACAGGUAAGACGGAGCUGCUGUACCACCUGCUGAGCCGCUGUGUGCUGCCGGAGGUGGCUGGUGGUCUGGAGGUGGACGUGGUCUUUGUGGACACAGACCACAGUCUGGACAUGUUCCGGCUGGCCAGCGUCCUGGACUCCAGACUCACCGCAGGUCUUUCCACCAGCUCGUCCUCGGCCGGGUCCAACGAGGCGGCGCUGCGUUUGUGUCUCUCUCGCCUCCUGGUGGUCCACUGCUCCUCCUCCUCCCAGCUCCUCCUCACCCUGCACUUCCUGGAGACCACCCUGUGUUCGCGGCCGAGCCUGGCGCUCCUCCUCAUCGACAGCAUCUCAACGUUCUAUUGGUCGGACCGCAGCGAGGGCGGGGCCAACGUCUCCACGCACGAGGAGAAGCUGAGCAAGAGCUCGGAGCUGCUGGGACGGCUGCUCAGGGACUACAGAAUCACCAUCUUUGCUGCCUGCCACGCCAUCAGGAGGAGUACCAGCGGGCCACCGUCCUCCUCAGAGACGGACCGCCCAUAUCUCUGUCGCCCCUGGCAACGCCUGGUCACCCAUCGGCUGCUGUGCUCCAGACAGGAAGCUGAACCCGACCGGACCGCCUCAGACCGAGGAGCAGAGGAGCAGAGAAGGCGCCAAGUCUUCAGGGUCCACUGUACCUCCUCCUCCUCAGGGGCGAAGGGGUCCAGGACCAGCUAUUUCAGAGUGACAGAUGGAGGGGUGGAGUUUAUCUGAGCUACUUCCUGUUUAUCUGAGCUACUUCCUGUUGACUGUAAAUUCAAAAUGUUUAAUUUUA